UUGAGGUCAGACUGUAUUUUUGUUUAUGUUAUUAUAUGCUCACCGUCUACAAAUGGGGAAGAUUAAUUAAUGAAAAUUGGUUCUGUGCCGUCCUGUUGGCCCAUUUAUCUUGCAAACGUUGCACCAACUUUACACACAACAUUAGAUACUUACAACGUGUUGUUGCAAUGGAUGAAAAAACAGAAGUGGAAUCACUCCCUGAACUGCCAAGUGAUGUAUGCCAAGAAAAGGAAUUCAACCUUCCAAUUGAAAUGAUUUCGUAUAUUCUCGAUUUUGUUGAUGGUAAGACGCUCGCCAAAUGUAGGCAAGUCUGCAAAGACUGGAGAACCCUCAUUGAUUCAACAUUGCCUUCUGGAUGGAAUAGAUGGUUUGAAGUCUGUAUAAACGAGAUACCCGAGGAACAGAUUUAUGACUUUAUCGGACACCACAUGCCAAAGUAUUGGAUGGAUAGUGCAAAAAGACUGGAUUACCUUUACAUAUUCCAAAGGUGGACGCAGUGGCAGCAUUUUUUAAAGAGAACAAAAUAUGUCAAACAUCUUGCCACUAUGUCAGCCGACAUUGUUAGCAUCAAGACUUCAGGUGAGUGGUUAUUCAUUGGCAUGAGAAAUGGCCAAUUGAAUGCAUAUUCUUUUGCGAAGGAAAAAGUUUUUACUUUAAUGGUAUUAGGACCGAUACAAUCCAUGUACCUCAGGUGUACAACAGAACCUGAUUUCAUCAGUUUCAGUGCAUUGGAAAAUGUAGGCCAUGAUGAAUUAGUAUUAGAUAUGUCAGUUAGAAUGGCAGUGCGGUUCAAUCUUCAUACGAAUGUAGUCACACUCCUUAAUAAACUUCGCCCUCAGUAUGUGCAAUACAUCGCUUUUGAGGAUCAUGAAGUAACUGCCGAUUUCACGAAUUUCACGUCAAAAUUCACAUCAACUUUUAUGGAUGGCACAGCUUCCAAGGAAUAUCCUGCAAUAUACCAUUUACUCACUGUCUGGAAUGGCUAUAUAAUGAUGAAAGAUGAUGCUGAUAAAGUAUUAGUUGUUGAUAAAUAUUUUAACGAAGUUAAACAUCCAUUCAGCAAAAUGCAUCUUCCUGGUGGCGAACUGCUAAUGAGAAUUUUCAUUGGCAUUGAUGCGAUCAUCUCUUUCACAUAUGCCUUAAACUCGCACCAUCCCCUAGAAGUAAAUGUACUCGGAGAAGAGAAGAACUACUCAUGUGAUAUCUUUCCAAAUGUAUGCUGUGGAUUUUAUUACGCCAAUCAUUUAUUUUUAGGAACAGAUAUAAGUCUGAUAGCAGUAUUUUAUAUAAAGCAGCUCAAGGAUUUGUUCCACCUUGACAAAAUGGAACCACAUCGGAAACAGACCAUUUAUCUUCCAGAAAUAAGGGACCCAAUUGUGUCCAUUGAUAUCUCCGAGGCCAAAGAGAAGAUGAGCAUAAUAGUAGCUUCUUUAUACGAUAUUUUUGAAAUAUCAUUUUCUCCCUGCCAAAAUGUGUAAACCCGUUCUUAAAAUUGGGUGGCAAUUAAGUUGGAUGUCUAUCCAACUGUUCCUCAUGAAUUUUAAUCAAAUUAAGUAUAUUAUUAAACUGUUUACAGUUCAUUUUCUUUUUUACAACUUUACUUUAUUUGUAUUUAUUUUUUUGUAAUAAUUGUUAAUAUUUUUUCUUAUUAUGUUAAUCCCCAGCUUUGUUUCUAUAUAAGCAACUUUUAAAAUUAUAUUAUCAUUUUUGUAAUGUGAUACAUUCCCAAAGAAUUUUUUUAUUAAUUCUAAAAUUGAAAUGUUGAUGGCUCUUCAGUAAUUGUUUUGUUGGUAAAACAAAAAAUAUUUUAGAGACUGUGUGUGACUCUAUUUUGUAGCCAAUAUUGUAUAAUAAAUAUACUUUUUUCUAUUGUUUUUAAUUUUAA